AUCAAUCUUCACUUGAAGCAAUACUGCUGGACUCAUCUAACAUGGAUCCCUUCGCCGACGUUGACGAGCAGACAGCUCGUCUCAUCGUCCAGUUGCAGCUCCAAGAUGUCAAGGAGGUGUGCCCCAACGCGAAUAGCGACUUUGCAUGUGCCCUGACCAUGUACGAGAACGAUCUCAAGGCCGUGUCCGAUCGCGACAUGGCCUGGAGUAUCGCCCACGCAGUCCGCGCCGACGGCCCCGCCAUCAAGGAAGUCCUGUCCGAGGCGCCGGAGAACGCACCCGCCAACGACGAUGACAUUGACGACGGCCUGCUCGAGAAGAUGUCUGCUGUCUACAUGGGAGAUGGCAACCUCGCGCAGGAGGAAGAGGACAUCUACAACGAGGACUCUGCACCAACUUACCUCGCCGACCCCAGCAAGAAGGCCCCGGUCGCUCAUCUCCAGUGCUGUACCUGCAGAGACGACGUGCCUUUCUACGAUGUUGCCCACACCCCCUGCGGCCACGACUACUGCCGUGGCUGCCUUCAGGAACUCUUUAGGCUCUCCGUGACGGACGAGACGCUGUUUCCGCCCCGCUGCUGCCGCCAGCCCAUCCCCGCUGACCAGAACCGCUUCUUCCUGACCUCCAAACUCUACGGCGACUUCCAGGCCCGCAAGGUCGAGAUGGAGACCCCAGACCGCACCUACUGCCACGCCCCCGAGUGCAGCAAGUUCAUUGCCCCUCAGAAUAUCCAGCACCAGAUCGGUCGCUGUGUCGCCUGCGACGCCCAGACUUGUUCGGUCUGCAAGGCCGCCGCCCACGCCGGCGAGUGCCCCGAGGAUCCAGCCACCAAGGUCCUGGACAAAGUCGCCGCUGAGAAUGGAUGGAUGCGCUGUAAGGGCUGCCAGCGCAUUGUUGAUCUGAUGGCGGGGUGCAACCACAUCACUUGCCCCUGCGGUGCCCAGUUCUGCUACCUCUGCGGCGAGACCUGGAAGACAUGUACCUGCGUUGUCUACACCGAGGCGCAGCUCCUCCGGCGUGAGAACGUGGUCGCCGCCCGGGACGCCGAGGCUGGCAGGAGGGUGGAUCUUCCGCGCAUCCGUCAGCAGAUCCUGGACAACCAUGCGUGCACCGAUCACCGCUGGAGGUGGGUGCCAGGAGCCCACCGGUGCGAGGAGUGUCACCACAGGCUGCCGGACUACAUCUUCGAGUGUAAUCACUGUCGCCUGCAGGCCUGUAACCGCUGCCGCCGUAAUCGUCUGUGA